AUGUACUAUAUCCACGCUUCCUUCGAUUAUGUGGUCCUGGAAGAGCAGUGCUCUAAAUUAGGAUGCUUAUCUAUAGGAAUUUUACUGACUGCCAAGUUACGUAAUAUUGCUCAAGGUAGCUUUUUUCUGAGAACUCGUACUGGCAGAUCUUCAUCAUUGUCUUCUGUUAAUGGACUCUCUACCUUUGGGUCGCUAAAACGCAGAGCUGAUAUUUCAUUACAGCCAUCAGAUAAUGCUGACACAUCAGUGUGUGGGCCGAUUACUGAUGAAUCAAUGUCUGAUCCCUCCUCUGCAGAUGCUAUUAGACGGGGCCGUCGAAAUCGUCUUGAACGAGGCGCCGAUGGAGAAAUGUUGUUGUACGACGGCAGCUCCGAAGACGAAGAUGAAGCUAAGGCUACAGAGGACAUGAAUAAGCCGAUGCUUCCCGGCAGUGAGGGCUAUGGUUCUGCCGUAUUAACUAGUGAAGAGUUAGCCCGAUCAGAUGAUGAACCUCUUUUGGCAGCCUCGAGGAGCCAAAAGCCUUCUGUUCGCCAGCGCCUUGGAAAAUCAUCUAGGAAAGACAAUGACAAUGAGUCCUGGAUCCCUGCUUUGACUGAAAAUCCAAGUAUAUCUGACAUAACUGACCUGGCGGGUCUCGGGUCUUGGCGCAAUCACAAUCUAUCUUCUUUCUCCCUUACAUCUGGUUCAUUUGGUCAGGUCCGCCAAAUGGCUGCCGCAGCUCAGUGGGAACGUCGUAAGGCAGCUGCACUCAAGGCUAGACAGGAAGUAAUGGCCCGCCUUGAACGAACUCGUGAAGCUCGUCACCGACUUGAAACAGCCAGGAAGCAACGUCUCGCCAAGCUAACCGGAGAGUUACGCGAGAUCAUGAAUCAGUUAAAUCAAGCCAGCCGACAGCCUCAAUCUAGAGCAGCCCAGGCAUCAUUAGUUGGUGAAACUGUACUCACUAUAGAUACAAAGGAGGCAGCGGAAGAGACUAUUGUAGAGCCAUGUGAUCCGGCUACAGAACCUUUGCCUCUUCUUAAUCGUAGCAAGCUAGUAGAAACGGCUAGGCGCCUACAAGUUGAACUGAAAAAACUGGAAGCAGAGAUGCGAUUAAGUGAUUCAAGUUUCAAGCAUGGAUUCACUUCAUCAGGCGCGGAAAAUGUUUCAUCGCCCGCAGUCAUUACAGCCGCGGUCACGAGUACUGGCGGUGGCAGCGGUUCACUUAACUCAGUCGGCAAAGCCUUGAUCUCUGUGCUACCAGAGUCGGUGGCUGCAGAGAGGCGAGAAGCUAUUGAAAAGGUUAAAAAUAGUUUGGUCAUUUUGCAAACUCAAUUAAAAGAAAAAACAAUCGCAUUGGCUUCCUCUGGCAUUGAAGCUGAUGCAGAAUCUGACGCCUCAAUUACGCAAUUGCGACGCGAGGUGGCCGAUUUCAAACGUCAACUCGUGAACCUGGAGACAAUCAAGCUUUCUGAUCUGGCUGCAGCCACUUUUGGUUCAGUCCGUUUACCUGGGAGAGUUCAGACUAAGCUUGAUAAACGACCGCGAACCCUAUACAUUACAGGUUUGGCUCCGAAGGAUACUGAUGCUUUCCUAAAUUCUCUGAAGCUCCAGCAGAUAACAAUCUACUUUAAAUGA